GAUUAGGAAGAUUAACAGUUUAGAUUCCUUUUGCAGGGGUAUAUAUAUUCAGGCCCUGCUCUGCAGCAUAGCCACUUUGAGGUAGCUCUCAAACUCGCAUUCUCUUUUCUGGAAAUUACCACAGGUAAAAAAGAAGAAAUCAUGCUGAUCUUCACUACACUAUGUCUUCUCUGCUGGACACAAUUCAGUGGAGUGAAGUCUGGCCCAUACCCAUUAGAAUUCUACAAAAACUCAGUUGAUGACAUGUACAGUGAUUGCAAAGACGAGAUGACAGAAAAGAUCAAAGAGUUUAGUAAAGAACUGAAACAGAAGGAUUAUGACUGGGAAAAUGAAAAAAAACAAAUUAUUAAAUAUCAUCCAUUUCUGACUCCGGAUGAACUGACAGCUCUUCGUGUCUACACUAAAAAUGAAAAUGGAGUUUAUUCCAAGUUUAACAGUGCUACUAGGACAGGUAAAAAUGUAUAUGGCACCUCAUUUAAGUACCACACUUUAUAUUUCUUACUGGCAUCAGCUAUACAGAAAUUAAAAAAACAUGACAAACACGAUUGCUAUGAUACUUAUAGAAGGACCGACAGUACUUUUGAAGAAAAAGAAAAGGAAAUUCGACUUGGUAGCUUUACAUCCAGCUCUCUGAAUCCAAAUUUGAAACAAUACGGGAAAAAAUCCUGCUUUAAAAUCACAACCUGUUAUGGUGCCGACAUAAUAAAGUAUUCAGCUCAUCCUGAAGAAGAAGAAGUGCUCAUACCACCAUAUGAGGUGUUCAAGAUUGUAGAGGAAAAAGUUGAAGAACUGAAAGAUUGUGAGACUGUCUAUGUCUUGAAAAGUAUUGGCACUAAGAGCAAUCUGGAUUGCAAACUAGUUAAACUAGAAAAACUUAAAAACUUACUGUUUAAUGCUAAACUGUAAGCAUAAAAUAUCAGAAACUGCUGAAAUAAUAUGAAAUAGAAGAAAAGAUUAAUGCUUAAUUUCUUUGUUAAAAAAUAGUAGAGGCAAGCUGAAGCCAACAGCAGAAACAUGCCGGGCAUGUUAUGAAUUAGCAACAAACAGAAAAGCUAAAUGCCUGUCCAGAAAGAGAGCAGAAUCAAGCCAAAGUUCACAACAUAGGCUGAAAUUAGCAGAAUCAGAAAAAUAAAUUAAAAAGAUGUUUAAAGAAAUACAAGUUUAGUUUAAUGUUAAAGACCAAAAUGUUGAAGAAUGUGGCAUUGAAUGAGCUGCUUAGAGCUGCAUAAGCAGCUUGACUAAAGUGUUUAAAAGUUGAAGUAAUGUAAAAUAUGGACAGAAAAUUAGCCAUAUAUAUAUAUAUAUA